AUGGCGGCGGACGAUAGAGCUCCGCUAUUAAAACACGAUGAAAAUGAAUUUGAUCCGUUUGAAACUUCGAGGAAAAACCUUAGAAAGUUAAUUAACAGUAAUGAAGGGGCGCCGUCUGAGACUAUAAGUAUCAGUGGUAGUGCUUCAGUGACGACACUGACCGAGUUAGACAACAUUGUGGCUGUUUUUGUCGUCGCUUUUGAUAUACGAUCAGGUAAUGUUAUUGAAUGGUGUGUACCAGAUGAUACAGAUUUAGAUGGGGUAGAAUUUAAAGCUAUGGUCAGUGGUUCUCAUACACAGGACACAGAUUUUGUAUAUUUUCGUAAAGAUAAUUAUUAUGGUUUGGCGUGUUUCGAGAAUAUGAGAAUACAGAGUGAAAUAGAACGGGGUUGUCGGAUGAAAUCUGUUGGUAUCCUAGCAACAUCAUACACCACCCUAUACAGACAUAUGCAAUUUUUAGAAACACAAGUUCGGCAUUUAUUAGAAACGCCUGGUAAAUAUAUGCAGUUAAAAGUAUUUUACGAUGAUAGAAAAGGAGUAAUACCGUUAAAUGAAAUCACGAUGGAUGGUUUACGACCUUCACCUUUAUCUACACCAUCAACCCCCAGCAGAGAUCUUCUUCCAGAAAUGAAAAUAACCCAUCCAGCAGGUUGCUUUUCCCAGUUUUUACAAUUUUUUGGUAACCAGAUAUUUGUUUUAUGGAAACUAGCUUUAUUACAAAGAAGAAUAUUGUUUUUUUCUCCCCCACCAAUAGGCAUUGUUUGUUAUAGAGUUUAUUGUGCAUGUUGUUUAGGACAUCACAAUAUUACCAAUAUCAUGGGACAAAACCCACAACCACAUUUUUAUGUUAAUGUAGCUGAUAUAGAAGCAUUAGAAAAUGAAGUUUCUUACAUAGCCUGUACAACAGAGAAGAUAUUUGAAAGUAAAACUCAUUUAUAUGAUGUCUAUGUUGAUAAUCAAAUUGUAAAAGUUAAUUCACCAGGGUUAAAAGAAAUUUUAAAAGUCAGUGAUGCUGAUAAAGAUAAAGCUGUUCAACUAAAUAAUCAAAGAGCUUCCCAUAGAUUUGAAGUAGAAGAGUUGGGAGAAGAACAGGGAUUUGAUGAAGAAGAUGUUUUUACAAAUUUUUUUGUGGAGAUGAAUGACAGAAUAUUUCAAAUGUUAUUAGAAAUCUCAAAUUCUCAGGAUCGACAGUUAACGUCAGACCACAUGAAAACAAUGGGGCUGGAUCCACAGGGUGAUCGCAGCUUCCUUAUGGAAUUAGUCGAGCAUUAUGGGAUAGAUGUAGUAUUAAUGGUUGACAAUCCAUGCUGUCCGAAAUGA